GGUCGCAUCACGACGGCAGCAACAACAGAGAAUUGGUACGCUUCAGCAACUCAUUCAAGCCCACAAACUUAAACAUUCAUCGCCGUCGGACUUUUCCUGUCGAUCCAUUGCCAGUGUAAAAUCUCAUUGUAACCUUCACGAACUCGCCGGCAAGAUAACCGCCAUCAUGUCUACCCCGGCAGAACGAGAUGUCCAGCUCCAGGACUUUUCAAACAUCUUCAGUCUCAAAGGCAAAGUCGCCGUUGUAAGCGGCGGAUCGCGAGGUCUGGGAUUACACGCUGCAUCUGGCCUCCUCCAAGCCGGCUGCUCCAAAGUCUUCAUCACCUCGCGCAAAGCUAGCGCCUGCACCGAAGCCGUCGCUGCCCUCAAUGCGUUGCCCAACAAACAGCCCGGCGCAACCGCAUAUUCGAUACCCGCCGACAGCUCCAAGGUUGCUGAUAUCGAACGGCUGGUCGCCGAAGUAGCAAAGCAUACGGAUCACGUUGAUAUCUUGUUUGCAAAUGCAGGAGCUACCUGGGGAAGCCGGUUCGAUGAGGUGGACGAGAAGAAUGGAUGGGAUAGGGUCAUGGACUUGAAUGUCAAGGGCGUGUUUUUCACGAUACAGAAAUUCGCUCCCCUCCUCGCCAAAUCCGCGACACGAGAAGAGCCCUCCCGCGUCAUCGUCACUGGUAGCGUUGCUGGAAUCGCCACAGCGUCCGUUGGCGAUGAAUCGGGCACGUACUCUUACGCCGCCUCCAAAGCCGCCGUGCUACAUCUCGUCCGCAACCUCGCUGUUGAGCUGGGACCACGCCGCAUCCUCGUCAACGGCAUCGCACCCGGGUUCUUCAUGAGCAAGAUGGCGGCUGGGCUGAUGGAAAAGGCAGGUGGAGAGGAAGCGCUGGGCAAGGCUAGCCCGAACGGACGAGUGGGUCGGCCAGAGGAUAUUGCUGCUGCGGUUGUGUUUCUGAGCAGUCGGGCAGGUGGGCAUGUCAACGGUGAUACGAUUGUGCUUGAUGGGGGCAAGAUACAUGGUGGUGUGAAGUUGUAA